GGUUUGUUUACAAUUUUAUUUUGUAUUGAAAAAAUUAAUAUACAAUAAAACUUCCUCCGAAAAGAAUUUUUUUUUUGAUAUUUAAGGCAAUGACGACUAUCGAGGAACAACCUAAAAUAAAACUUGGCGACUACAUUAUAAUACAGCGUCAAAAAUACACAAAAUUACAGAAAUUCGGCCAUUUAGAUGCUACAGCCAUGCUGGGCAAAGAUCAAUUGGAACUGAAGGCUUUAUUGGAUCAACCCUAUGGGGCCACAUUUAAAAUGUGCCCCAAGGAGGAUUUGGGAAAAUCUCACCGAGGAAGACAACGCCUGAACACAUUGGAGUUGUGCAGCGAAUUGGAAAUGAGAAAUAUACGCGAAGUAUUGGGCAUUUCACAGAGUGGCGAAGAUAAUCGACAUAUUAAGGACGACGGCGACUCACAGGCCCUUAAACCGGAAGAUAUAGAGCAACUAAGGGACGAGUGCAGCGAAAGCACCAAGAUAAUUGAAAAAAUUGUUGAAAAUUCCAAGACCUUUCAUUCCAAGACUGAAUAUUCGCAGGAAAAGUAUUUAAAAAAGAAGGAAAAGAAGUACUUUGAGUUUGUGCAAAUACGACAACCCACCAUUCGUCUUAUUACCGAAAUAUACUACCGACAAGAUGCUGAGAAAGUAAUGGGCAUACGAGUUGAUACCCUAUCACAGUUAAUAUCCUAUUCGGGGAUAUCUGCUUUUGGAAAUUACUUGCUGUAUGAAAGUGGUUCGAAUGGUUUGUUGCCUGCCGCUUUCCUCAAUUCAAUGGGAGCGAACACCGAAGCCUUGUUGGUUCAUAUGCAUCCUGGUAAUGUUCCCCAAAAACAGGCAGUAUUAGCCUUGAACUUGCCAGAAGAACAGCUAAAUAGGUGUAUAUCCGUCAAUAUAUACUCGGUGCUUAGAGAGUUUUAUCAGGGCACAUCGGACACUACAAAAGAGUCUGAGGUAGCCGAGCCAAGCACAAAGAAACAAAAAUUAAGUGAGGAGGAAAGUGCACCUGAAGAAACCCAAGACGAAAAACUUCCUGAAACUUCAACGAAACCUACGCCUCAGAAAUGGCGAAUAGAAAACCAGCGUGCAGUUGAUUUAAUACAUGCCAAAUUUGAUUCUCUUGUUAUUGCCUCUAAAGAGCAUCCAUCGAACUUGGUGAAAGAGCUUUUACCUUUUGUUAAACCUUCACGACCUGUUGUGAUAUUUAGUCUAUCAAAAGAGAUCUUAAUGGAAUUAUAUGUCGAACUGAAGACUGGUUCGAAAGUAACCAAUCUACACUUAACUUCGAAUUGGUUACGUAUGUACCAAAUCUUACCCAACCGCACACAUCCUGAAGUUAACAUGCAAGCAAAUAGUGGAUAUUUGCUAACAGGCUACACUUUGGGAUAAAUGAAAUAAAGAAAAAUUAAAUAAA